AUGAUUGACAAAAUCAAUGAUUCGGACUGGACGAGGGACUCGGGGCAAGCGGCACAGCCCAUACUCAGUCGCGUCAACCAAAUUCCACUUCUGAUAACAUGGAAUAAGGACAGAUUGAUGAACGCACCGCCGCCGAAGACGUACCAGGAAUUCAAAGAAAACAAGAGCCAGCAAUUCACUGGCAAAGCAACUCAGUGGACGAAGCAAGCGAACUUUGGCGCCGUCUCAACUGCAGCAACUGCAAAAGAUGAAGAAGUCAUAGACUUUGGCGGUGGCGCCCUAGCCAUUGAAGAAGGUUCCUCGGACACGACAAAGACAGGACAGCCGGAGGACAACAAUGGAUUCAUCGACACAGCAACAACAGCUGCCACAGCCCUCCAGGGCCUUACGAAGGCAGAAUGGAUGCAAAGAAGGUCUCUGGCGUGUAGCUAA